AUGCUAACAAUACUAUCGUCGAUGUUAACAUUAAAAGAUGUUACCAUCGGCGUUACCGGUGUUAAGCUUUCCGAUGUUAAUAUUUUCGAUGUUAACAACGUUAUCGGGGAUGUUAAGACCGUCGAAGAUACUACCAUCGGACUUGUAGAGGAUGCUUAUCAUUUGAGUGAUCUUAUUGAUCUGCUGAACUUUGACCGGCAAUGUGAUGGUUUCGUGUGUUUGCCAAAGCAGAUCUCAACUGCCCAUUUCCUUCUGUUGGACCUAGAAUGA